CUCAGUUUGCCUCUGUCGUCAGAGUAAGCAGGACCUCACACGCUCUCUCUCCGCUCACCGUCUCAUCUUCCCGACCCCACUUUCCCCUGAGCAGCAGUGAACGAGUGAAAGUUGCCAAAAGCAUUUAGCAUUUAUUUUUCCACGUCGAGCCAAGUCCUCAUCAAGAAGCGGACUUGCUUCCUCGCAGGAUCCCCGUAAUCAUCCAGAGUGCAGAGAGAUUUACAAAGGGAGGUGAAGUCAGAAGUAGCAGUUGCCCUGUUUUUGUCAGAUUCGGAGAAAACACAACAGACAAAAAUGUUUGCUGAGGCAGCGUGGUGUGAAAGGAGCAGUAGUCGACGAGUCUAAUUAGUAUUCCUCGCCUCAUUCGUGUAAGUAAGAAAAAGUCUUCUCUCUUCUGAACCAAAUUAGCAUUGGCAACUACCAGAUUUACAUCCGAGAUCCGACCAACCAGAAACCAAACUGUUUUCUCUCCUAGAUUUUUGGACAUAAAGUGAAAACUAAUUGAAAAUUAGAGCAAAGGAUUCGUAAGAAGAACUCUUCAUCAACAUCUUUUCCUCAUCCGGGUUCAGCUCCUUUUUCCUGCUUUUGAUGAACCAGUUCCCAAGCUGAACUGCCAGUACACACACUUUUUUUGAGAAAUCAGUGCGAGACUUUUACUUCUCCUCGUCAUCGCUUCCUCGAGAAGAGAAGGGAAAAAUACGAGUGAGGGGUUGAUUGAUUGACAAACCAGUGUUUUUGAAACUUUUGACGUGGACGAGACGAGAUGGGAGUCAGGAUGCCCCAAUUACUCAAACUUCGGAUUUUCGCUUUCUUCGCAACCUCGUGGAUCUUGUGGAACUACGGAACAGUCCAAUGCCACGAGGAGGACGGAGAGACGCCCAAAUUCAUCACAAGGAGCCAAACCUUACGUGUCGUCAUUGGAGAGACGGUCACUCUUCCCUGCCAAGUGGAUCGGCUGGGCGACUAUGUCCUUCUGUGGAAGCGAGGAAACUCGGUGCUCUCCGCGGGCGACAUGAAGAUCACUCGCGACAACCGAGUGGAACUCGUGGAUGGGUUCAACCUCGAGAUCAAGAAGGUUCGACCCUUGGACGGAGGAGACUACGUUUGUCAAAUGAGCACACUGGUGCCAGAGGAGAUUCAUCACACACUGGAAAUAAUGGUUCCUCCCAGCGUGCGCAGUGACAACAAUCACCUCACAAUUUCCAAAGGGGACCAGGUGACUCUCUCCUGCAGAGGAUCCGGCAAUCCCGUCCCCACAAUCACGUGGUCACGAAGGAACAACCUCCUGCCUCGUGGGGAACAGUCUGUUGAUGGGAAUACGUACGGCAUACAAAAAGCGGAUCGACAUUCGGCUGGAGUUUACCUCUGCUCCGCCAACAACGGCGUCGGUACUCCGGUCACCACUUCCAUCGAGGUGAGAGUUCAAUAUCCUCCAGAAAUUGACGUGGAGGGUUCAUGGCUUCACUCUGGCGAAGGGCAGGAAGCCAUACUCGCCUGCGUUGUGCACGCCGACCCACCAACGACGAAGGUGAAGUGGUACAAGGAUGUGAUGAUUCUGGACGAGUCUGGCCGACUUCUCAUGGAAACACGCGGCUCGAGACACUCACUCAUCAUCAGGAACGUCCAGCCCUCCGACUUUGGCAACUACUCCUGCGAGGCGGACAACAAGUUGGGACGGUCACGGAAGCACAUUGAGCUCUCAGGGCGUCCUAACCGGGCUGUGUUUCGAAGCGACCCAAUCGGGAGGAUGCGAGAUGCGUUCAAUGUGACAUGGUCCGUGGAAAGCUACUCUGUGGUGGAAGAGUUUCGCCUCUCGUACCGCAAGAAACAUGCAAACGAGACCCACGACCAACCCGGGCAAUGGCACGACGUAGUGAUCCCUUCAAGCGAGGGGAGUUACUACGACCAGCGAACAACUUUGACGCGAGGACUUUCACCAGCCUCCAAGACGCACUGGAAGUCGUAUCACAUCCGAAACCUGGAGGCUGGCGUCAUGUACGAGGCGAAAGUGGUCGCGAAGAACAAGUACGGAUGGGCUCAGCAAAGCGACCUGUUCCAGUUCAAUACCAGAACUUCAGAUCAUUACCCGUACGAAUCUUCUCCUCAGCACGAUGUUAUAGCAGGGUCUCUGCCCACCGAGGUGCGUGAUAUGAGGAUAACGUCGCCGACAUCUUUCGCCGUCUCAGUCCAUUCUUCUGUGGCGUCAGUUGUGAUAAGUCUGCUGCUGCCAGUGAGUCUUGUUCUGUUUGCGAGCAGAGCAGCUACGACGUAGACUUGAAGGAAUAAGAAAUGUAUGUAAAUCUAUAAGACCAGCAGAGCUUCAAGACUUUUCACAUCACAAAUGAACUUUUACUUACUUAUAAUAAUUAAGACGAAGACUUCUACGAUCAACUUUCAUGGCGGUGUGCGUGCGUGCGUGCCAGGAUGUGUGAGGGGUGAGCCCUCUCUGCAUCAGUGUGUGAGCGUGGAUGGGUUUACCAGUAAUACUUGUUCUAUGACUAAUUAGCUUUACUUUAACUCUACUGUGAGAGGAUAAGAGAGGAUAAAUACCUAACCGGCAUUACUCAUGUCAUGUCAGAAAAACGUCCCCACUGCAAUGGUGAAGCAAAUACUCGCUUAUUUUGAUGUAUGACUAAAAGAAUAUUGCAUCCAUCGUAGAAAUGUAGUGACGUAAUUUUAGUCGAAACAGUUGUUACUCAAUGAAUUUAGUCAUUAGCUUACCUGCCCUUGAAAAAGGUGGGUGUGUGCGUAUGCAUGGAAGGGCUCUGUUAAUAGGCAGCGAGUUAAGUAGCUUAUAAGAAGCAGCGAUGAGUCACUAAUUUACUUGUACAAAUUGUAAAGGAUUAAAUAGCUUUGGAUAUCGUGAGUAGAGUGAAAGUGAGUGAAAGAGAGUGUUUCCGUUGGAUUUGUAUAAUUGUGCAGCUACAUAAGAAUAAUUUGUGUCUCUUCUAGGCAGAGGUGCACAUUUAGUCCAUGGUCUAAACGGUAGCAAUGUAAAGUGUAUUUUAUGAUGACAGCUACCACCAAAGAUUUUCUAUGUCGCAAAUAGUUUUGUUUGUUUGGUGCAUUGCUUCAAGUUUCAUAUACAAAAAGUCAUUGCUAUAAAAGUAAUGAUUUAUUCUGUCACAAAAAUAUUUCGUUGUUGGCGAAGAAAAUAAUACUUAUUUUUGUAAGUCUCAUCCUCCAUAUUUAUGUUUCAAACGUUGUACGUGUCCUCCUCUGAUAAUGACAGCAACCGACACCAACGUUGCGCUGUCACUCAUCCACUCGCCCUGCGUGGGUGGACAUACGUAAAUGCACAAAUAACCUUCCCAUUUUUGAUGAAACCUUAAAAUUGCGACGCUUUUAUAAAUAACCACUCUAGAGGAGGUCACGUAUUUAUUAAGAAAUUUUUGGCGACGUGCACACUAACUGAAUACUGUUGAACUGGUGUAAAUAAGAGGUGAAUAGUUGUGACACAUCGAACGCAUGGUUUCUCCUAUAAAAAUGUAGCAUUACUAAUUAGCACGUAAAUAAAUAAUAUAUUGUAUUCUCUCAGAAUAACUUAUUUGAUGGCAAUACAAACAAUGAGAAUGAAUGUCCAUAAGCACACGCGUUGCACGUACGAAUGAAAAGUUCUCAUGGAGAGUGCAUAUUAUUUUGAGUGUAAAAGGUGAAUUCGAGUGGUAAUAAAAUAUGAAUAAAAUGCUAAUAAUAUUACUGGAUGUGUACAUAAGUGUGUGGGUGGACGCUAUUGUAAUGAUGAUGAUAAGCUAGUUACUUGGAGAAAUGAUAAGAUAUUGAGGAUGAGAAUACAAAAAGAUUGUGUUAAUGUAUACGACUACGUAUAGGAAGUAAGGGGCAGAGUUAUCGUCGUACCUAUGUAUUUAGGUCUACUUGAGUACAUGGAUAACUAAUCUACAACUGGGCAAUAUUUACGAAGAACAUACUGAUUAAGUGAACGUCAAUCUGUUUUGUUUCUAAUAAAAAGUAUGACAUAAGAAAAUAUUAUUAAAUCUGUACGAGAGGGAGAAAUGAUAUUGAAA